AUGGCUACUAGAACUCAAUUCGAAAACUCCAAUGAAGUUGGUGUCUUUUCCAAAUUAACUAAUUCAUAUUGUUUAGUUGCAGUAGGUGGAUCUGAAAAUUUCUAUUCUGCUUUUGAAGCUGAAUUAGGGGAUGUUGUCCCAAUUGUUCAUACUACUAUUGCUGGUACCCGUAUUGUCGGCAGAAUGACUGCAGGUAACAGACGUGGGUUAUUGGUACCUACUCAAACCACAGACCAAGAAUUAAUGCAUUUAAGAAACUCAUUACCAGAUUCUGUCAAGAUUCAAAGAGUCGAAGAAAGAUUAUCUGCCUUGGGUAAUGUUAUUUGCUGUAAUGAUUAUGUUGCAUUGGUGCAUCCUGAUAUUGAAAGAGAAACUGAAGAAUUAAUUGCUGAUGUUUUGGGUGUUGAAGUUUUCCGUCAAACUAUUGCCGGUAAUGUUUUAGUUGGAUCAUAUUGUGCAUUAUCUAAUCAAGGUGGUUUAGUUCAUCCUCAAACUCCUAUCCAAGAUCAAGAAGAAUUAUCUUCAUUAUUACAAGUUCCUUUAGUUGCAGGUACUGUGAAUAGAGGUUCAUCUGUUGUUGGUGCUGGUAUGGUUGUUAACGAUUGGUUGGCUGUUACUGGGUUAGACACUACUGCCCCAGAAUUAUCAGUUAUUGAAUCUAUUUUCAGAUUGCAAGAUGCUCAACCUGAUGCCAUUGGUGGAAACUUAAGAGAUACCUUGAUUGAAACUUAUUCAUAG